AAUGAAAGUGGACAAAUACAUGGGAUGGAGGGAGUAUAAUAUAAUUUGUAAUAGAAAUGAGGUAAUAAGUCGCAGAAAAUUAGAUGUGGGAUAGGGAAUUGGGAGGGGAUGCAAAGCCCAUACUUCCAGCGAGAAGUAGAGGGAAUACCUGAAACUUUCUUCGUACCCGCUGCCGCCAUUAUGGGAAGAAGAGGCGAAGCAGAAGAAGAGGACAUCGUUUGCUUGGACGAGUCGUUUUUCAUCAAUGAUAACUACGAGCUUACCACAUUCUCCUUCGGAUCUCAAGUUCUGCAGCUCUACUGCCUCCAAUCAGCUUCCAGACAGUUGGUGUGGCCUGGAGCAGUACUCUUGAAUGAUUAUCUGGCAAAGAAUGCUGACAUCAUCCAAGGGUGUUCUGUUAUUGAGCUUGGCUCUGGCGUUGGAAUAACUGGAAUACUAUGCAGCAAGUUUUGUCAUGAAGUCGUGAUGACAGACCACAAUGAGGAGGUUCUAAAGAUCCUGAAGAAAAAUAUAGAGCUUCAUGCUACCUCUCGAAUUUCUACUCGCUUAAAAGGCGAGAGGCUGGAAUGGGGCAAUACUGAUCAGCUCAGUUCUAUAUUACAAGACCAUCCUCAAGGAUUUGAUAUAGUUCUUGGAGCUGACAUUUAUAUCCAAAUGCCUAUAUUUUUAUCUCGAAGACUUAUACAGUCAAGUGUUCCUCUUCUCUUUGAUACUGUGGAGCAGCUACUCAAAGUCCGAGGGGGCAACAAAUGCAAAUUCAUUUUGGCUUAUGUAUCGCGAGCAAAAAUAAUGGAUACCUUGGUCGUUGAUGAAGCUAUGAGACAUGGUUUGCAGAUAAAUGAAGUGGCCGGGACACGAUCUGUGGUAAAACAUCUUGAAGGAAUCAUAUUUGAGAUACAAAUUAAGGAGUAGAAUGAAGUGUUGGUAUCCAACAUUUUAUCAUGUCUAAUCUUGCCUCUGUGUUUGAGAGAAACAUCAAGUAUAAGUUGUACGGUUUAGCCUCCUUUGAUUUUAAGAGAGCAUAUUCAUGUGAAUGAUGAAAUGGGAUUCUCUUAUGGGUAAAUGUGGCCAACUCCAAGUUAGAUCAUGUUCUUUUCAACUUUAUAUUCUAGUUAUCCAGACUUCAUAUUCCAUAUUCGAGGGAAGAGUUCUAUUCUUGUAAAGAUAUAUGCCCUUAUAUGAUUGAAAGACAAGGGAUGAAUGCAUAAUCUUGUUGGGCUAAUAUUGAAGCUUGUUAAACCUCUAGCUAGGGAUUGACAUAAGAGGAAAAAAGUUCAAGAUUCAUCUACUCAUAAAAAAGAGGCACUCAAGAUAUCAAGUGAAGAGUCAAGAUCGUCCGAAGUACAGCAGUUACUUUGGGUUGACAGA